UCCCGCGCCCUCUCCACCCACUCUCUCUCUCCACCGUUGGAUUCGUAAGGAUGUGUGCGAGCCUCGGGAUCCGGUCACCGCGCUCGUGCCUCCUCCGCCCCAGCGCCGCCGCCGCCGCCGCCGCCGCCGCCGCCCCCCGCCUCCCUCCGCCGCGCUCCCUGCGGAUCCCGGGCGCCCGCCGCGGCGGCGCUCUCCGGCCACCGCCGCUCAUGGCGCGGCGGCGCCGUCGGCGGGAGGGCGAGGGAGGAGGUGAAAGGGGAGGGGACGAGCUCGUGCGGACGCUCUUGAUCGACAACUACGAUAGCUACACCUACAACAUAUACCAGGAGCUCUCCGUUGUUAAUGGCGUGCCACCUGUGGUGGUUCGUAAUGACGAGUGGGCAUGGGAAUGCAUACGCUUUUGGCUAUAUGAAGAGGAGGCUUUUGAUAAUAUAGUCAUAUCACCUGGACCCGGUACUCCCGCUUGCCCAGCGGACAUAGGAAUUUGUCUGCAAAUACUUCGUGAGUGUGGAGAUAUUCCAAUAUUAGGUGUUUGCCUUGGCCACCAGGCCUUAGGUUUCAUUCAUGGUGCACAAGUUGUUCAUGCUCUUGAACCAGUACAUGGACGUCUCAGUGAAAUAGAACAUACAGGGUGUGAGCUUUUCAGUCAUAUUCCAUCAGGCAGAAACUCUGGAUUCAAGGUUGUGCGGUAUCAUUCACUUGUAAUUGAUGCAGAAUCGCUCCCUAAUGAUCUUAUUCCUAUAGCAUGGACUACGUCUCUUCGUACACUCUCUUUUCUUGAGAGUGACCGGCCAGCUGCGAUGAAUGGUUCCCUCUGGGGUCGGCCACAUGAACUCUGCACAAUUGACCUUUUGGGUCGGCCACAUGAACUCUGCACAAUUGACCUUUUGGAUAAUAUUAAUGCAAGGGGUAUUAAGUAUACUGAUGACUUACACUGCAAAAAAGUCCUUAUGGGUGUCAUGCAUUCUACGAGACCUCAUUAUGGCUUACAGUUCCAUCCUGAGAGUAUUGCUACUUGCCAUGGAAGACAAAUAUUCAAGAAUUUUAAGAAGAAGACUAUUGAAUUUGGACUGAGGACAUCAUCGCGUCAUGAAAGAAAGGGGUCUCAUGCAUGCCAAUCAUCGGGUUUCGCUUAUAAUGAGCUAUUGCAGUUCAAAGCAAAAAAUAAGGAUCACUUAGAUAUGCUUGCAACCUCUCCAUUAAGAAGCAGCACCAAGCAUUUGCAAUUGCAAUGGAAGAAGAUUGAUAACUUAGUAAGCCGCGUGGGUGGCUCGGCGAAUAUAUUCUAUGAGCUGUUUGGAUAUUGUAAUUCUGAAGAGACAUUUUGGCUGGACAGCUCCUCAACAGAUCAGAAUAGGGCACGGUUUUCAUUCAUGGGUGGUAAAGGAGGUCCAUUGUGGAAGCAACUAACUUUUCGCCUCUCUGAUCAAAGUAAAGCAACAAGUAAAUUUGGAGGUUACCUUUCUAUUCAAGAUGUCCACGGAUCUGUGAGCACAAGGUUUCUCAAGAACGGGUUUUUGGAUUUCCUUAAUGAGGAACUUCAGUCGUUUCAAUAUGACACAAAAGAUUAUGAAGGAUUGCCUUUCGACUUCUGUGGUGGAUUUGUUGGCUUCCUUGGGUAUGGCCUUAAAGUUGAAUGUGGAGCGUCAUCUAACAAAUACAAAUCAACCACUCCAGAUGCCUGUUUUUUCUUUGCUGAUAACCUUGUAGCGAUCGAUCAUGACAAUGGAGACGUAUAUAUUCUAUCAAUCCAUGAUAUUCAUAGUGACAGAUCAAAUGAUAAAUCAUGGUUGAUUGAGGCAGAGAGGAGGCUUCUCAGGUUAAGUACUAUAGGCUCAACGAGAAUAAACCUCAAAGAGCAACGACUGUCUAGUAGCUCAGUUCCAAACAAGGGAAGUUUUGUUGUUGAAAAAUCAAAGAAUCAGUAUAUAAAAGAUGUCGAGAAGUGCUUGAAGUUAAUCAGAGAUGGUGAAAGCUAUGAACUGUGUUUAACAACACAAAUGAGGAAAAGGGUUGGUAAUAUAAAUGCUCUAAAACUGUACUUUAACCUAAGAGAGCAAAAUCCGGCCCCUUAUGCGGCUUGGUUGAAUUUUGCUGAAGAAAAUCUAUGUAUCUGCUGCUCUUCUCCUGAAAGGUUUCUGCGAUUGGACAAGAGCGGUACUCUGGAGGCGAAACCUAUUAAAGGUACUAUAGCACGGGGCAGAACACCUGAAGAAGAUGAACAACUUAGAUUACAGCUGCAAUACAGUGAGAAAGACCAGGCAGAAAACCUAAUGAUUGUUGAUCUUCUAAGAAAUGAUCUCGGCAGAGUCUGUACUCCUGGCAGCGUGCGCGUCCCUCGCCUAAUGGAAAUUGAAUCGUACGCGACUGUCCACACUAUGGUAAGCACAAUCCAAGGCAGGAAAAAACCCGACUUGAGCCCAAUGGACUGCGUAAAAGCUGCUUUUCCAGGAGGAUCAAUGACCGGUGCACCCAAAAUUAGGUCGAUGGAAAUUCUUGAUUCGCUAGAAAACUGCUCGAGGGGUGUUUAUUCUGGAUCAAUCGGAUUCUUUUCAUACAAUCAGACUUUCGAUCUAAAUAUUGUGAUUCGGACUGUCGUUUUACACAAUAGUGAAGCGUCGGUGGGGGCCGGCGGGGCUAUUGUAGCAUUAUCGAAGCCUGAGGACGAGUUUGCUGAGAUGAUGUUGAAAGCAAAGGCGCCUACCAAAGUUGUCGAAUUGUGCAACAGAGAAGUGGAUAUUCAUAGUGGCUCGUGCAAAGAGGUUGUUACCUGAUGAAAGGCUUAAUAAGUUAAGGGUUAGAACUUACACAGGAAAUUUGUUACACUACACAAUUAUCACCUGCUUUUUUUUUUUUUUUUCCCUUCCCCUUUUGCUACAUUCAUUUUACUCAUAUGGGGUUACGAGAUUGUAAUAAUAAGGAAUGAAAGUGGAAAUGAUGCUUAUUUUCCAUGUAGAAGGAUCUGGGACCUCUUAUAAUUAUUUAACAGAUGGAACCACAGCAAAACAAUGAGAACCUGAGGAAAUUUUUUGUUUAA